AUGUGGUGCUUGACGUGCGUCAACUGCAAGUGAGCCACGAGAAGGCCCCUGAUUUUACAUUUUUGUCACAGCGAUCCCGAAGAAAUUUUGUGACACACCACAGUUUUCAAACAUUUGUUACCACACGAAAUCAGAGACGCGUAGUCCGUCUGCCCCGUCUUCAUGGUUAAGUGUUUUUGACGUCAGCAACUACACAUAAAUGUCGUGGACAGUUCGAAAAGACAGUUAUCGUGUUUCAAAGAACUACGAAGCGCUGGCCGAAAUGGGGAGCAGAUGAAAAGGGAGAAGAGCCAAGAGUUGAGAAGUUCAGGUACAGACGGAAACAUCGAGACACGACUGAAGGUGUACUUUUCCUGCGCGCGCUUCAUAAACAGUUGACUUGUUCCGGAUCUAGCUUUUGAUAAGAAAAAAGUAAUAAUCGGCCAGAGUUGUGUCAAAGUUUCUGUGGCGGAAAAAGGAAGGCACAAACAUGUCGCUUCCAGGCGUCAUCUCAAAAAGAAUAUUCGGCGAUUCCGACGGAAACGGUAAGGAAACUUUCGACGCUCCGUCUCCUAGGACUCUUUUAAUGGCCUCCUUCUUCCAGACCUCUUCGACUCUUGUAUCCCGCAGAUCUUGCCUUGCUCGUGCCUGUUUCUAUCGCUCCGUAUCACAAACUGUAUCCCUUGUGAGUCCACGCAGCCACAAAGCAACAAACGAACACAAUUUUUUCAUUUUUUUACAUCGCUGAAUUGGAUUUUUUGACAUAAAAAAACGAAAAAAAAAAACACGGAAAACACUCAUUUUUUCCACAGCCUGAAUACAGCCCACAAUAGACGUUUUGCAGAAAGAGCGAAGAUCGUAACCUCGAGGAGACGAGGGGGGCGGAGCUAUUAAUUGAUGACGUACUAACGAAAAGGACACGGAGGGAACUUGUGGACAAGGAAAUGGGUGUAUAGCAAGACCCUGAAAGUGAUGGUCAUUUGGGACAACGUACGUAUAUUUCAAACUAUUAAUACAAGUCAAAAUGCGUUCAAUAGAACAAGUUUCAAAGACGUCACUCUUAUCUGUAGAGCUCCCGCUCUGCCCUCCCCCCACUACUUUUACAUUAAUAAUAACAAUAACACCCCUCUCUGUCCAGAUUUCUUCUCUCCCUCUCUCUCUCUCUCUCUCUUUUCCGUUCCUCUCAAGUUCAUGGUGAUCUGUGAUGCGAAAAAGAUAAUAUUUCCUCUUGUGUCGAAUGAAUUUAUUCACAUAUUCUAGAGAAGAUCAGCAUCAAACAGUGUUUGUUGCACGCAAAAUCGCGCAAGACGACAAUGUCUUUAUAUGAAAAAGCGGACGGGCUUCUAGGCACUCACGUGCUAUGGCAAGACAUUGAGACGGAGAUGCAAACGGUUCUGGGUACGGAGGCAAAGUUCGGCGAGCACAGGCAUGUCAGCGAUCUCGGAGAGAUGAAGGUGAGUCUCUGUCAGUGCUUUCACGUCCCUUUUUCAUGAAUCUUUGCAGGGUUUCAUGUCGAAAAUCGCCCUGCUCAAUGUCGAUUGGACUGCUCGUUCUCGAGAGAUCAAUGCUCUCAUGAACUCUACAAACUCCAAAAGUCAUCAUCAUUGCGACCAGCUCCCUUCGAGACUCGUCGCCAAAAUUUCAUCGGAGCUCUCUUUGUACGGUUUCUCGGAGCUCGUCGGCUCUUGUCAAUGGGAUAUUGAGAAGAUGCGGUCAAUGUCGUCGGUAGUGAAAGAGAGUCACAAUCGAGAGGUCGCCAUGUAUCGGAUCAUCGCGAGAGAACAGCCGAUCGGCUGUCCAACUAUUCGGGUGUUUGCUCUCAAAGAGUUUUCAGAGCACAAUCCAUUGAAGGCUUAUAUAAUAUCUGAGUACAUUCCCAACUUGUGCCACAUUGGAAUGCACCAGAACAUUGAGAUGGACGACUUGAGGCCUGUCGUCGACGGAAUCGCUGCUUUUUCAGCGAUGGGCGAGGAGAUGACUGAAGAGGAAAGAAGUGGAACAGUCGGAGAAGUCUACAUCGAGGAGGCUAUCAAGUAUUUAUUUGAUGAACAUGUGAGUUGCCGGCUUAAUUUUGAAGCCCAAUAACAUUUGGCUCCCGUUGCGGAUUUCAGAACUCUGACGGUAUGCGACAAAAACUGAUUCAAGUGCUCGGGGUUAUGUAUGAGGAGAAGAUCGAUGCGGCCAUGAAUAUAUUUGAUCUGAUCUGUGGGAGUACCACAAUUCUGCAGAAUUACUCGAUGGUCUCAAAGUUUUUAGGUGAGUUUGACUGACUGGUUGAUUCAAAAAUAUAUCAAAUUGUUUGUAUUGCAGGCCACAAACCGGUGCUGAUGCACUCGGAUAUCUGGCCGUCCAACUUGCUUUUCACCCGACACUCUCUCUCAAAUCGUCUGCAAUUCAAAGCUCUUAUUGACUUUCAGACUGCUUCUUUGAGCAGUCCAGGACUAGAUAUUGCGUGUCUCACUGUUACCUGCCUCUCCACAAAGGUACUGUUUCAUGAGUUUCAUGAGAGAACUCACAAGACCCUUUUUCAACUGUUUCAGGAUCGUCGUAACCAUAAAACUAGCGUUUUAAACCGCUACUAUGAGAUGUUCACUAAAAGUCUCAAAAACGCGAGGCCAUCUCCGUAUUCUCGCGAACAACUGACGAACUCUUAUGAGUUGUGUUUUCCGGCUGCCGUCAUUCUAAUGCUUCCAUUUAUAAUAUCUUUUUCUAUGAGAGCCUCAGAGACUGUAGGUUUUUUAAUUUCUGAAAUUCUAAAAGAAAACCUCGUUUUUUCCAGAUUCCCGAAGCAUCCGUAGACAAAAUCAUCGGACUUAUCGAGGAUUUAGCUGAUGUUCAUCGGUCCAAUCUGCUGAAAUUUCCAGAAUUUUUCACGAUGCGUUGA